AUGACUGAAGAAGAAAGGUCUUAUCUUUAUCCGCCUCCUGAAAGAGGAUUUUCUAUUGCACACCCCGAAAAAGUAGAAGAAACAAGUUAUGAUACAACAAAAAAAGCUGCCCACAUUGUUUCUGAUGUCUCCUCCAAAGUUUCAUCUAAGCUUGGUCACGUAAAUAUUUGGCGAAAUCCGCGCGAAUAUCUCAGACCAGUAUUUAAUGGCGUUUAUUAUAUUUGGAAUCAUUUCCCACCUCUUAGUUGGUUCGGUUAUGGUGUCAUUGCUUUAAAUGCUAUUCCUUUAGCUGUCUUUUUGGUAUUUCUGUUCUGCACUACGGCUUUUGUUCUAAGCAUUACCGGUGUCGGAAUUGUCCUCGCUGAAGGUUUCUUUGUCGGUCUCGGUUUAAUUUUCUUUGUUCCUGUUGUUUGCGUGAUGUGCUUUGCAGCUUUAUCUACAGCUUUCUUUACCGUAUUUGGAUAUGGUUGUUUUCGCGGAUUGUCUUUUAUUCUUCGCAACCUUGGUAUUAUCGCUGAAGAAGUUGCCAUCGACGCUAAUGCCGCUUUUAAAGGCGCAAAAAAAGCUCUGGAAGAAGAAAGAUACGGAUGA